GCAUCGCCUUCAUUCAGUACAAGACCAAAGAAGGCGUGGAGGCAGCCCUGAAGUACAACGGAGAUGAUUACGGUGGACGCACCCUCAAGGUCAAUUUGGCCUCGGACAAGGGGAGCAAGGGCAAAGGAAAGGAUAAGGGCAAAGGCAAAGGAAAGGAUAAAGGCAAAGGAAAAAGCGAUCAGAACAACGACCUCACAGUCCACGUGAAGGGUCUGGCGUGGACCCUGGACGAAGAGACCAUCAAGACGGACUUUGAGGAGUGUGGCGAGCUGGUUUCGUGCCGGGUGCCAAAGAACGAGGAAGGCAACCUCAAGGGCUUCGCAUUCAUCGAGUUCAAGGAUGAGGAGGCUGUCAAGAAGGCCCUCGAGUUCAACGAGACAGACUACAAUGGACGAAGGAUCUACGUCAGCAAGGCGAGCGAAGGCCCCAAGGGAAAGGGCAAGGACGGAAAGGGCAAAGAUGGAAAAGGCCUAUGA